GUAGUGGUUGGUAGGUGUACCAAAAUUCCUGAGAUCCCCAGUAAUUUUCUGGUUUUAGCAAUCUCACUCCCAUACAAUGCCUCCAAAGUUCUCCACCUACCAAGUUUUCAAAUAAAAGUAUAAAACACACAUAUCCCCGAGUCUCUCUUUCUUUAUUCAAGCCCCCAGUUUUGAGUCCCGCUCUCAGUCGUUCCCUUGUUUUUUUCGCCCACAGCUGAGAGACGCUCAAUCCCUUUCUCUUUUAUAAAUUUCAUUGACUUCAGCUGGGUGGCAAGCAACGGAGAAAACCGUGGGUUUACGGGGAUCACUCACUACCGCUAAGAUGGAUUUGGAAUUCCUGCAGACAGUUGACCCUCAGAUCCUCGUGGGCGUCGCCGUGGCUGUUGUCGCCAUUGGCAUUGGUGCUAUCUUCCUCUUCUCCUCCAAGAAAUCUAGAGGUUGCUUAGACCCUGAGAACUUCAGGGACUUUAAACUCGUCAAGCGCACGCAGCUUAGUCAUAAUGUGGCCAAGUUCACGUUUGCACUGCCUUCUCCAACUUCAGUAUUGGGCUUGCCUAUUGGUCAGCAUAUUAGUUGCAGGGGCAAGGAUAGUCAGGGAGAGGAAGUUCUUAAACCCUAUACUCCAACUACCCUUGACUCUGAUCUUGGACAUUUUGAGUUGGUUAUUAAGAUGUAUCCACAAGGGAGAAUGUCCCACCAUUUCAGGGAGAUGCGUGUUGGCGAGAGCCUUGCUGUGAAAGGACCCAAGGGGCGAUUUAGAUACCAACCAGGCCAAGUUAGAGCUUUUGGGAUGCUUGCCGGUGGUUCUGGCAUUACACCAAUGUUCCAAGUUGCCAGAGCAAUACUGGAAAACCCAAAAGACCAGACGAAGGUCCAUCUUAUUUAUGCCAACGUAACACAUGAUGACAUUUUGUUGAAGGAGGAACUGGAAGUCCUUGCUUCUCGGUACCCUGACAGCUUCAAGAUCUACUAUGUCUUGAAUCAGCCUCCAGAGGUAUGGAAUGGUGGUGUUGGCUUUGUUUCAAAAGAAAUUAUUCAAACCCAUUUGCCAGCUCCAGCAGCUGAUAUCCAGGUAGAUUCUUAGGUGUGGCCCGCCACCAAUGAACAAGGCCAUGGCAGCACACCUUGAAGCGAUUGGCUAUACUCCUGAGAUGCAGUUCCAGUUCUGAUCUAAACGGUGUUUAUUCGAGUGGGGGAGCAAACCUUGAAGCGAUUGGCUAAACCCCUGAGAUGCAGUUUCAGUUCUGAUUCUAAACGCCGUUUAUUCGAGCUGGGGAGCAAUUUCCAUUGCACACUUCGUUGUAUUUACCCUUCUCUUAGUCUGAAUGAUGACACGUUCAUGCCCUUCCCUUAUCUAAGAACUAAAUGAUCGAUGCCUGCUCGACUUUUCAUUGCUCAUUGUUGAUUUUGGAAACAACAUAAAGAGGUGCUUAAGUUUUGGUUGAAAUUGAUAGUUUCAGAUCACAGAAAACUAGCCCUUUUUCUUCCCUCAAA